GAAAUAGGGUUAUUUUAUUUGUAUUCCUUCCGACCCACGAUUGUGCGAAAGCCUCAUUCUGAGUCAGUCUGCGCUCGGCCGCCGUCGUGAGAGGACACUGUAUCGCUCGUUUCCAGCUGCUCGUGUUGAAAAAGAUCGCUGUAUAAAUACAAAAUAUUCGACUAACCAAAUUUGAUCCUUCUAAGAUGCCGAGAAGUCGAACGUUUGGCAAAAGCUCUCGUAAACAAGUGCUUUCCAGAAAAAAUGCAUUGGAAAAUAUAAGACGACUUCGAGAAGUGAGUCGCAAUUCUAGUGACAUAAGUGAGGUGCAUUCAGAAGAAACAGAUUGUAGUACUUCCAAUAACAAUGACUUGGAGACAUCUUACACCGCUGUGGAUGAAGAAAAAGUAACCUAUCAGAUUUCAGGAAGAAGGCUUAUUGAAAUGGCUUAUUUUAUGGAGCAAUUACAAGGAAUCAGCAAUCAUAAGUCUAUGUUUAAUUGUAAUUUGAGUACAAUUGAACUAUUGAGUGAAAAAAGGUCUGGGCUUCACUCGACCUUUUCAAUUAAAUGCAAAAUGUGUGGUGCUGAAUUCACGUUAGAAUCAUCCAAAAAAACUGAAAAUAAAAUGGACGUGAAUGAAGAAAUUGUCGCUGGUAUAAUGACGAUUGGUGCUGGGGUUACACAGCUUAAUACUGUUUUGUGUCAUGUAAAUAUGCCACCAAUGUCAGUACGAUUGUACCAAGCUAAGCAUGACAUAAUAAGUCGGUGGUGGAAAAAGGCUGCGCAGCACUACAUGAUCGAGGCGGGUAAAGAGGAGAAAGACAAUGCUUUAGCUAUUGGAAGUGUAAAUACAGAUGGGUUAGCUAUGAUACCUGUAUCGGGUGAUGCAUGUUGGUCCAAGCGCUCUUAUGGAACCAAUUACAGUGCUUCCUCCGGUGUUGGUGCAAUCGUAGGCAUGCACUCAAAAAAAGUAUUAUAUUAUGGUGUCAAAAAUAAAUUCUGCAAUAUCUGUGCACGAGCAGAAAAUAAAGGGGCAUUACCUAGGAAACAUGCUUGUUUUAAAAAUUUUCAAGGUCCUUCUACCGCUAUAGAAGCAGUUGUAAUAACAGAGGGCUUCAAAAAGUCCAUUGGUAUGCAUGGACUUAUCUACCACCAGUUUAUAGCAGAUGGUGAUUCAAGCACUUAUGCUAGCAUUAGGAACGCAAGGCCUUAUGAUAACAUAACUGUGGGUAAAAUCGAAUGUAAAAAUCAUUUACUAAGAAAUUACUGCAAAGGCCUGCUAGCAAUUUGUAGUAAUACUUCUUUCCACAUAAGGGGCCGAAAGAUUCUGAAAGAAAAUUAUUUGCGUAUACGUUGGGGCAUUGAUAGUAGCGUCAAAUAUUGGUCCAAUAAAAACGUUGCUUUCGAAGAAAAGGCAAGAGAUGCCAAUCCCGAAAUUGUUCGGCUAGAAAAAUUACGCCAAAAUUUAAAUCAAAAAAGGCACAACAGAAAAAUUAAAAAGAAAAAGAAUCCAAAGCCAUCUGCAUCUAAAGAUGCCUAUUAUGGUGAAAGUUGCCAAAAGGUGGACAUGAACGAGGAAGAAUUUGAAGAGGCCAAAAAUAAAUUUUUAAAUGCAUUAGAACUUUCGGAGACUGAAAAGGUAAAUUUAGAAAGGGACACAGUUUUGCAGAGUGGCAGUACAUUAUGGCUAGAAACUAGAAGGAAACUGCUGACAGCGUCGUGGUUCGCAGCAGUCUGUAAACGUCGCAUAACCACUGAGUGUGGACCACUAAUAAAACAAAUAUUGUAUCAGAAAGACUUAAGCAAUAUCCCGUCAAUAAAACAUGGCAGAAGCAAUGAAGCGACUGCCAUCCGCGAACUUGCAGCGAUCUUGAAUAUGCCCAUUGAAAAGUGCGGGUUGUUCAUAGACCGAGAAUUUCCCUUUCUUGGAGCAACCCCCGACGGAAAGUGUGAGAUUGGAAUAAUAGAAAUAAAAUGUCCAUCUUCGGCAUAUGGUUUGGAGCCAGACGAUGCCAUUAAACUCAAAAAGUUGAUUUUGGUUGCCUAG